UGGAGCUAUCGUACCGGCUGAACAGUUGGGCAGUGAUCAGGCCAAAGUUUCAGUCGUUAUCCACUGCAUUCAGACAGGAUGCUCGCCCUCCGUCUCACCGUGUUCGCCCUCCUCUUCUGUGGGACCUGUGGUUUCUCCAGGUACUGGUUUAACCUGUUCAACCGCUGCAAUCCUCCUCAGAAGAUGGUGGGCAAGUUCUGUGUUGCCAUGCUGGACAACGAUUUCGAUGGUAGCGGGAACGUCACCAACAGAGACAUCGGCUUCGACAUUAUGCAUUACAAUUACGACAAUGACCUCUGCAACAGCCAGGAAUGGGAGGUCGUGCAAAGACUGACGUGCAGGUAUGGCUACUCUGAGCAGUACGCCCGCUUCCUGUUCGGCCAAUUUGACAACAACAAAGAUGGCGUGAUGAGCAAUGCAGACUUUAAUUUUCCAAUUGCUUUCCCAGGAGCCGGCUUCCUAUCAAUGCAAUACACUCGUUUCAAAGACCAGUACUGCUCUGACCCGAAGAACAGGGAGAACCCCGUUGACCGCGUCCAGUGUGCCGAGGUAGAUGCGCUGAAACCCGAGGACAUCAAGUGUCCAUGAGUCGAAACCACAUCCACCAGUCAUGUACAAACGUCAAUAAAACUGUUGUCAGUAA